GGGGCUCAUGAUGACGCGCCGAUUCUUAUCAUGGAAGGAGACAUUGUGGUUUUUUCCACCUGGGCUAGGCAUCGCUUAGGGCAGGAUUUUGGUGAGGAUCCUGGGGAGUUUCGUCCAGAACGAUGGGAACAACUAAGUGGAGAUAUGGCUGGCUAUAUUCCGUUCAACAAGGGUCCUAGAAUCUGCCCCGGCCAGCAUUAUGCUAUGAUUGUUCUCACGUACAUUGUGGCCCGUAUUUUCCAAACCUUCUCGACCGUGUCGGAUUAUAAUACUAAGCCGUGGACGGAACGGAUUAGCAUGACUUUUGAGAACGAGAAUGGGGUGCUAGUUGGGCUUAGCUAGGCUUCCUCAUGGAUGUGUAGUCUGUUUUGAACAAUGGC